AGGUUGUUCAUGAGGACGAAUACGGGUUCGGCGAAUUUACAAAGUGAGAAAACCUGCCUGGUAACUAGCUAGCAUCAAGCUAAGCUCAACACGGCUGUCAUGAAAGCUGCUGUAAGACAACAGAGGGCAGAACAGUGUUCGAAUUGAAUGAAAACCCGGACAUUGAUAUGUAUGGCGGUGUGGGAGCUCCUGAUAGGGACAAACCAGAUUCUAUUCCGCAUUAUAACUUCGUACCAUUAAGAUUAUUAAGGUAAAUAUCUCGGUCGAUGUGAAUGUACACUUCCUGCAGGACCCACCGGUGAAUGCAGGCAUCUAGGAAACGUCAGAGAUGGGACUGCUGUCCGAUCCCAACAGGAGACGGGCUUUGAUCAGCCUGUUGACCCGCCUCAAUGCUCCAAUCUGUGUACUGUGCUAUUUUGCCGGUGUAUGCUGGUUUAUGGGGUUAGCAUUUGAGCCAUUCACAUUGCGGACAUAUAUGUCUGAGAAUGCCAUGGGAUCCACCAUGGUGGAGGAGCGCUUCCCAUCAGGAGAAAGAGCUUUGGCCACAGGCAGAGAGUUUGCGGCUCACAAGAAAAAAGUCGGUGGCAUGCCAGUGGAUUGGCUAGUGAAAACGAUGCAGGCUCGAGGGCUGGAGGUGUUCACCCAGAGCUUCUCUCGCACACUACCCUUCCCAGAUGAAAAUAAAGAGAGAUAUAUUGUGAAAGGUACAAAUGUCUACGGGAUCCUUCGCGCCCCUCGAGCUCCACGAACUGAAGCCCUGGUGCUCAGUGCUCCUUGCAGCCCAGGAGACAACAACAACCAGGCUGUGGGGCUGCUGCUUGGCUUGGCUCAUUACUUCCGCAGUCAGAUUUUCUGGGCUAAGGACAUCAUUUUUCUCGUGAAUGAGCAUGAUCUGAUUGGUAUGCAGGCCUGGUUGGAGAGCUAUCACCACACUAACACUACAGGAAUGGAUUGGUCACCAUUACAAGGCCGCGGUGGCUCAAUCCAGGCAGCCCUGUCCUUGGAGCUCAGCAGUGACGUCAUCACCAGUUUUGACAUAGUUUUGGAAGGCCUCAAUGGACAGUUACCUAACCUGGAUUUAGCAAACCUCUUUUAUGCCUUCUGCCAGAAGAUAGGGGUCCUCUGCACCAUCCAGGGCAAGCUGCAGAGGAACGACUGGGACAGCGUGUCGGGCUACAGCCAUGCAGUGCAGACCAUGAUGCUGAUGGUAAUGAAGCAGGCCAGCGGGCGGCCCUGGGGAGACCACGGGCUGUUCCUGCGAUACCACAUAGAGGCGGCCACCGUCAAGGGCAUCAACAGCUUCCGCCAGUACAAGACAGAUGUCACCACCGUCGGCAGACUGCUGGAAGGAAUAUUUCGGAAGCUGAAUAAUCUUCUGGAACGCCUUCACCAAUCCUACUUCUUCUACCUCAUGCCAUCGCUCUCCCACUUUGUCUCCAUUGGAUAUUAUAUGCCAGCCUUUGGCCUCCUUGCGGUCAUCCUGCUGCUUCGUGCCUUGGAUCUGUGGGUGCAGUUUGCGAAUCCACCUGCCGUAACAGCGGAUGGAGUUGCUGAUAUUGAGCGGCAGUCCAGCCCAGGGGUUCUGUCAGUGUUGACUCCUCUGGUGAUCAGCCACCUGACUGGAGCAGCUUUGUACUUCCUGCCAACCCGUUUCCAGGAGACCGCCGUCGAACACUUCCCGGUUUCUGAGACUGAAGCCGUCGUCCUCACAGCCAUUGCUGUAUACACAGCAGGCCUGGCUUUGCCUCAUAACACACACAGGCUGUUGUCAGGCGAGGGGACAGAGCAGGGCUGGAGGGUGCUGAAGCUCGUUGCCGUUCUCUACCUGGCUGUUCUGCUGGGUUGCAUUGCCCUCAUUAACUUCUCCCUUGGCUUCAUCCUGGCUCUCACCCUGGUGCCUGUGGCAGCUUUUGUUACACCCCACGUACCCAAAACUUUGUCAGCCGUCAUCUUGGUGGUCCUCAGCCCAGCCUGCACGCUCCUCUUCUCUGUGUUUUUCUUCCAAGAGCUGCAGGAAAUGCCUGUCAGCUUCCAAGACGGUUGGUUGUUGUACCUGUCGGUUAUUUCGCAGGGAAUGCUGGACCACUACUUGUACGGUUCUCUGGUUUACCCACUCAUUGCCUUGAUGGUUUAUCCAUGUUGGCUGCUUUUCUGGAACAUCCUCUUCUGGAAGUAGCCUGCAGGUCUGCUUGAAGGCUUCACACUUUGAGAUGAUCUCAGGUUUACUUGUUUUUGGCGAAGGUGAAGAACAAAUGCUCAGAUCCACUGGAGAGUUAAAUAAGAACAUUUAUCCCGUGAGAAAUAAAUAACUGCCUUUGUGUGCUUUUUGUUGGUUUGGAAUUUUUACUUCCAAGUAUGUAUUUCAUCUUUUCAAGAUUGCAGCCAUUUUGUGGCCAGCUAAAACAUGUUAAACGGCACAUAAAUGAAGCGGUUUGUACUUCACAUAACUUUUAAGAUUUACGAACGGUUGUAAGGCAGGGGGGAAAAUGUAAAAGUGGACAUAUAAGCAAUGUUCCUUCUGUGAGGACAGAAAUUUCUUGCUAAGCAGUUUGGUUUGUGGUAUGUAAAGAAAAAACACUGCACUGUUGUUUUUAAAAACUGUUAAAGGGACAGGAUGGUCAUUAAAGAUGGCGGUUAAUAGCCUGCUUCUUUUAAGGACGACUCUGUAAGUGGAUCUUACUCUACAUCAACUAUUUUUAUACUUGUUUUUGGUAAUUUUGUUUGUGAAACAUGUUUAUUUCAUAUUUAUAACACACAACCUUAAAGAUGUUUAAACUGAA